AAAAAAAAAAAAAAAAAAAAAAACGCUGGCCGUACUGCAUUAAUUAAGAAAUAUUUACUUUACAUUUAAAAUGCUUCGUAUUACUUCUAUCUUUAUGAUUAUAGCCGCUUUAUUGGCUUUCUUCACUAUCACUCAGGCUGCUGUUAUCGAAAAACGUGGGUCUUAUUCUGGUCAUGCUACAUUUUAUUCUGUUAAAAAAUCUGGUAAACCUUCUUGUGGUGGUAAAUAUAACAAUAACGAUUUAGUUGUCGCACUUUCCCAUAAGCGUAUGCCUAAAGGUCAUGGUAAGCCCUGCGGCAAGAAGAUUAGAGUAAAGGGCCCUAAAGGUUCUGUCAGAGUUAAGGUUGUUGAUACUUGUGCUGGAUGCAGCAAGAAUCAUAUUGAUCUUUCACCGAAGGCUUUCGAAAAGAUUGCCAAGAAGAAAACCGGUAGAGUUGACGUUACCUGGUCUUUUGAGUAAAUCAGAGGGGUGGUCUUUUUUUUUUCUCAAGUCUUUGCAACAUCUCUUUUCUAAUAUCUUUAUACAUACAUAUAUAUAUAUAUAUAUAUAUACACUUAUAUUCCUUCGAUUUUAACAUAGCUAGUAUUAUAUUCAGCAUAUUGUUUAUGUAC